UCUCUCUCUCUCUCUCUCUCUCUCUCUCUCUCUCUCUCUCUCUCACACACACACACACACACACACACACACAAACGUUAUACACAAUGGUUGACGCCGCCCUUGACCAGAUCAAGGCCCUGGCCGCUACGGCCGAUGAGUCGACUCGCCACUCCAUCAUGGCCUCUCUGCACAAGCUGGCAUACUCGCUCGAGCUUCCCGACGAAACAGUCCACCGAUAUGGGUGCCUACCUCUCCAAACAACUAUCAUCGAGGUUGGCUUCAACUUGGGCCUGUUCAAGCUCCUAGUCAAGUCCGCUGGCCCCUUGACCGUCGACGAAGUCGCCCAGAAGACCGGGGCGGAAGUCCUGCUCGCCGGCCGCCUCCUGAGGUACCUCGCCUCUAUUGGUGCCGUCGACGAGGACAGCAAGCGCCGCUAUGCCGCCAAUGCCCUGACCGAGAACCUCGCCGACAAGGUUGCAGAGCCGGGUAUCCGCCACUACCUGUACACCUGCGUGCCGCAGUAUCUGGCCAUCCCGGAGCACCUGAAGAAAAAUGGCUACAAGAGCCCAACAGAUGAGCUGCACACGGUAUUCCAGGACGCCUACAAGACCGACAAGCACGCCUACGCGUGGUUCGGUGACAACCCGGCCAACCUGGCCUACUUUAACGAUUUCAUGGCCUUGCGGCGCGAGUCCGACCUGUCGUGGCUGAGCGUGUACCCCGUCGAGGCCGCGACCGAGGGCUGGCCCGCCGAGGCCCCUGUCUACGUCAACAUCGGCGGCAGCAUCGGCCACCAGUGUGCCCAGUUCAAGGCCGUCCAUCCGAACGUGCCCGGCCGGGUCAUCCUGCAGGACUUGCCGCAUUCCAUCGCCCAGGCCCUGCCCACUCCGAAGGUCGAGAACAUGGUGCACAACUUCUGGAACCCCCAGCCCGUGCAUGGGGCCAAGUUCUACUUCAUGCGCGGCGUGCUCCACAACCACCCUGAUCUCAAGGUGCAGACUCUGCUGGAGCUGACCAAGGCGGCCAUGACGGCCGACUCGGUGCUGCUGAUCGAUGAGAUGAUCCUGCCCGAGACGGGCGUCAACGUCGACACGACGUCCAUGGACCUGACCAUGCUGGCUGCCUUUGCCAGUGGCGAGCGCACCGAGGCGCAGUGGCGCCGCCUGAUCGAGGCCGCCGGGCUCAAGCUCAUCAAGACGUACGUCUACAAUGGCGGCAGCUACGAGAGCGUCAUGGACGUGCGCCUGCCGUGAGGUUCUAUAGUUAAGAGUCACGCACUCUGUGGUCAGCUUGACGAUAAAAUAACGAGAGUAAAAAUAACAAAACGCAUCACAUGUAACGUGUAUGAUAUGAUGCUCUGCCUUGCUGUGAACUGUGGUGGGUAUUCGCACAUGUCACGGUGUUAUGUGCCGUACGGAUUGCUGUGUUACGUGGUUGCUGGACUUCAUUGAGGUGUAUUUAGAGCGUCUCUGAGGCGUCUCUGAGGCGUAUCUGAGGCGUCUGUGAGGCGUCUGUGAGGCGUCUCUGAGGCGUAUCUGAGGCGU